UCUCUUGAUUCCUUCAAAUUCUCAUUCCUUCCUAUUCUUGGUAGCGUAACGAAAAACAAACCAGAGAAGAGAGAACUGUGGAAUUUGAUGGCAAUCCGUGCCUUGUCUCAAAAGAAACUCCUAAAAAGCCUCUCUCUCCGCUACUUCUCCCCUAAGCCUCUCAACACCGCCGCUUCCGCUUCACCCUCAGCCUCUUCUUCCAUCUCCAUCAACCUCACAGAGAAGCCCGAAUCCAUUCUCCAAAACCAACUUGCUGCAUUAUCCGCAAACACAAACGCAAACACAAACAACUCCUCCUACAUCAACCUCCACGAUGCUGAGAAGCUAUUCUCAUCUGUGUCAACCACAAAGCUCCUACGAGCCACAGCCAACCUGCACUUGGCGUCCAUGGAACCCAUUGUGGAUUUGGGAAUGUGGGUCAUGAACUCCAAGCUCAUGGACAUGGAGGUUUUCAGAGAUAUCGUGUUGGCUUUUGUGAAGCACACGUUUUACGAGCAUUUUUGUGCAGGAGAGAACGCUUUGGCUACUGAAAACACCGUGCGGAGCCUGAACAGUGGUGGCGCUGGACUUAGAGCCAUGCUGGUUUAUGCUGUGGAAUAUGCCAGUGACAAUCAGUCCUGUGAUCGAAACUUGGAAGCCUUCCUUGACACCGUUGAGAUAGCCAAGUCUCUUCCACCAUCUUCUGUGAGUUUUAUAAUUGUGAAACUAUCUGCUAUUUGUCCCAUGAAGCUGCUUGAACGGGUUAGUGACUUGUUGAGAUGGCAAUACAAAGACUCUUCUUUCAAUCUACCAUGGAAGCUAGAUACCCUCCCCAUUUUCUCUGAUAUUAGCCCUACGUAUCACACCCUCAAAAGGCCAGAACCGUUAACAUUAGAAGAAGAACAUGAUCUCCAACUAGGGCACCAGAGAUUACUUAAAAUAUGCCAAAAGUGUCUAGAUGCCAAUGUCCCUUUGACAAUUGACGCCGAACAUACGUCAGUUCAACCAGCCAUUGAUUAUUUGACAUACUCUUCAGCGAUCAUGUACAACAAAUAUGAUAACAUUGUCAUGUACGGGACAAUUCAAGCUUACUUGAAAGAUGCAAAAGAAAGAUUGUUGCUGGCAUCAAAGGCUGCAGACAACAUAGGAAUCCCAAUGGGUUUCAAAUUGGUCAGAGGAGCUUAUAUGUCAAGUGAAAGAAAACUAGCUUCUUCCUUAGGUUUUGAAUCUCCUAUCCACAAUAGCAUACAAGAAACACAUGCAUGCUAUAAUGAAUGUGCUUCUUUUAUGAUUGAUAAGAUUGCCAAUGGUCCUGGUGCACUUGUUCUUGCAACUCAUAAUGUGGAAUCAGGGAAAAUAGCAGUGGCAAAAGCACAUGAUUUAGGUAUUGGAAGGGUAAGCCAAAAGCUAGAAUUCGCACAAUUAUACGGAAUGUCAGAACCACUUUCCUUUGGUUUGAGAAAUGCAGGAUUUCAAGUUAGUAAGUACAUGCCAUUUGGCCCUGUGGAGAUAGUUAUACCAUACCUUCUAAGGAGGGCUGAAGAGAAUAGAGGGCUUUUAUCAGCUUCAUCCCUUGACAGGCAACUCAUGAGGAAAGAAUUGAAGAGGAGACUAAAAGCAGCAGUUAUUUAAGGUGUACAAGAUGGCUUUGAACAAGAUCGAGCUCAACUUGUCGCCAAUUUUGUACAAAUUUCAAAUAUUGUUAUCAUGGACGUUGACUUAUUUGCAUUAAUGAAAUUCGCAUUGUAUGAUAUCUCUAGUGUGUGUUUCUAGUUAUAUUUAGCUGACACUUCUCAAUAGCAAU